CCGUGUCGCCCUCCCCGCCGCUGCGCGCUUCCAUUGGCUGCCUAGGCCGGGGCGGAGGCUCAGCCGCCGGCCUCCGCCUCCCGCGGCGUCUACACUCGCUGCGGGCGCGGAGCGCAGCGGCAGGGCUGGACCUUGCUGGCCCGCGGCGCCAUGAGCCGCAGCCUGGACGCGGCGCAGAGCUUCCUGGAGCGUCUGGAAGCGCGCGGCGACCGGGAGGCGGCGGUCCUCGCCGGCGAGUUCAGCGACAUUCAGGCCCGCUCCGCCGCCUGGAAGGCUGACGGCGUGUGCUCCACCGAGGCCGGCAGUCAGCCGGGGAACGUCAGGAAGAACCGCUACAAAGAUGUGCUGCCUUAUGAUCAGACGCGAGUGAUCCUCUCUCUGCUCCAGGAAGAGGGACACAGUGACUACAUUAAUGGCAACUUCAUCCGGGGUGCGGAUGGAAACCGGGCCUACAUCGCCACACAAGGACCCUUGCCUCACACCCUGCUAGACUUCUGGCGACUGAUCUGGGAGUUUGGGGUCAAGGUCAUCCUGAUGGCCUGUCGAGAGAUAGAGAACGGUCGGAAAAGGUGUGAGCGGUACUGGGCCCAAGAGCAGGAGCCACUGCAGACUGGGCUUUUCUGCAUCACUCUGGUUAAGGAGAAGCCACUGAAUGAGGACAUCGUGCUCAGGACCCUCAAGGUCACAUUCCAGAAGGAGUCCCGUUCUGUGUACCAGCUACAGUACACGUCCUGGCCAGACCGCGGGGUCCCCAGCAGUCCUGACCACAUGCUCGCCAUGGUGGAGGAAGCCCGUCGCCUCCAGGGAUCUGGCUCUGAACCCCUCUGUGUCCACUGCAGCGCGGGCUGCGGGCGAACGGGCGUCCUGUGCACCGUGGAUUAUGUGAGGCAGCUGCUCCUGACCCAGAUGAUCCCACCUGACUUCAGCCUCUUCGAUGUGGUCCUUGAGAUGCGGAAGCAGCGGCCUGCAGCCGUGCAGACAGAGGAGCAGUACAGAUUCCUGUACCACACGGUGGCUCAGAUGUUCCGCUCCACACUCCAGAAUGCCAGCCCCCUCUACCAGAACCUCAAAGAGAAUUGUGCCCCAGUGUACGACGAUGCCCUCUUCCUGCGGACGCCCCCAGCUCUUCUCGCCAUACCCCGUCCACCAGGAGGGGUCCUCAGGAGCAUCUCGGUGCCCGGGUCCCCGGGCCACGCCAUGGCUGACACCUACGCGGUGGUGCAGAAGCGCGGGGCUGCAGCGGGCGCCGGGACCGGGCCGGGGCCACGCAGCGCGGAAGACGCGCCGCUCUACAGCCAGGUGACGCCGCGCGCCCAGCGGUCCGGGGCGCACGCGGAGGACGCGCGGGGGACGCCGCCUGGCAGCGUUCCUGCUGACCAAAGCCCUGCUGGAUCUGGCGCCUACGAGGACGUGUCUGGUGGAGCUCAGACCAGCACCCUUCCUCUCCCAGGCUUCAACCUGCGCAUUGGGAAGCCGAAGGGGCCCCGGGACCCGCCUGCUGAGUGGACCCGGGUGUGAGUCUGCGCCAGCUCCUGCCUGUUGCCUCUGUGAGCUCGGACUACUGAUGCCCCAUUGCUGCCGAAUGCCGUGUGCCGAAUGGAAACAGUGGGCCUGGAUCAAAAUAAAAGUUUCUCAGGGUGGGAAA